AUGACAUCUUCUUCUUUGCAACAAAAAAAAUGCAAUCAAUCUAAUGAAACUAGAAAUAUUGUGUUAAGAAAAGGAACAUGGUCUAGUGAAGAGGAUCAAUUAUUAAGAGAAUAUGUGAUUAAAUAUGGAAUUGGAAAGUGGGAUUCUCUAAGAAAGAAAACAAAGCUCGCUCGAGAUGGAAGAAGUUGUCGUUUAAGAUGGUUAAAUCAUCUAAAUCCAAUUUUAAAAAAGUGUUCGUUUAAUGAAGAAGAAGGGAGAAAACUUGUUCAUCUCUAUAAUGAAUUUGGUCCCAAAUGGUCUCAAAUGAUUUUACAGUUUCCUGGAAGAACCGAUAACGAGUUAAAGAAUUUUAUUAAUUCCAAAAAAAGAAGUUUAAAAAAUUCUAGAAAGCAUCUCCUUCCAGAAAACAUAAACCAAGUUGAUGAGUUGAAUAAUAAUGUUGGUGAAAUUAGUAACAAACAAAAUAAUGCCUCCCAAGAAGAAGAAACGGCUCUACCAACAAUGGAAUUUGAUCAUCAAGUAGAUGUUCUACAUGGUAACUAUCUUGAUCAAAAUUAUGGUGACAAAAGUAUCCACAACUUUCAACAAUUUUCAACGUUGGCUGAUGAUUCAAGUACUUGUAUCAAAAAUCAUGCUGUCCCAACAUUGGAUGAUAGGUUUCCUUCAUACUUUCAAGAUAUGGAAGAUAUCGUUCCACCAUUUUCAUCAAGUAAUAUGUUUUUUGAUCAAGAGCUUCCUCCAUACAAUCUAGACAUGGAUUAUCAACUUUCAGAAGAAAGGUAUUGGGACCGAUAUCUUCAAAAUCCAGAUUUAUCAUCUGAGGAGCCUCAAUAUGAGAUCUUAGAACCUUGGUUGCUAUCUCAAUGUGUUCCUCUUUGGUAA